AUGACAACAACGGCAAAAGUUAGUCAAAUGUUAUCUGUACCAUUAAAUCGUGUUCGUUCAUCGAAAUUAAAACGCCAGGCAUCCGUGGUUGAAGAUGAAGGUGGUGGCGGUGGUGCUGAUGGUGAAUUAGCGAUUGAUCAUCCUUCACGAACAACAAUAACAAAAAAACGCAUCUCAUCUGAUCAUGAAAGCGGUGGUUCAUCACGUUCACUGUCACCAUAUCUACGAGUGAUUUUAGAUGGUGAAUCAACAUCAAGUUAUUUAGACGUGCCGGAAACAUCUAAUAAUAGUCGACGUUCAUCAAAUAAUAGUGUUGUCAGAUUUAAACAGAAUGACCUGUAUGAUUUGCGUUCCAUUUUGGAUAUGACUUAUGAAGGAGAAAAUUUAGAAAAAGCAAUCAUUAAUAAUGAUAAAUACACCGUUAGACGAAUUAUCGAUAUACAUCAAAGUAAAUUUAAUGUUGUUAAAGAUCGUCAUAGUAGUCUUCAAGGCUAUGUUGGAUGUGGUGGAAUACCAGCUUCUCAUCCUCAUCAAUGGGGUGGUGCAAGUUUAGCAUAUAAACGACAAAGUGGCACACCAUCAUUGACAUCAAAUACUGAUAUAAUGGAAGGUGGGAGUAAAGAAGCAUUCCUAGAAACAAAUUCAUUAUCAAAAAAUAAUAAUAAUUCCGUAACUACCAAUGAAUGCUGUUUAACACCAGAUUUUUCAUGUUAUGCAUCAACAUCACAUUCAGCAUUAACACAAAGAAGUGGGCCGCUAGCAGCUGCUCUUAUGGCACAUACAUCAUCAACACCAGCGCCAAUUAAUUUUAGUGCUACUGAUAGUAGUGGCAAUUGUGAACUUGAAACAGCAGCAAUAACUGGCGCUCCUGAUUCACCUGGUGAUAUACCACCAAUAUUUCGAAACAUUUUACAUGUGGCUAUAAUGUAUGAUGCUCGAGAUGUUAUGCGUAUUUCGUUAAAAUACGGUAUUGAUUCAAAUGCACCUGGCGUACAUCCUCUAAUGACAGAUACAAUAACAAAUCAGACUAAUCCAUCAAAUUCAGGUCGUAUUUCACCGGAUAAUCUACCACGUGCAUCACCUUGCCGCAACGGUACACUCGACUAUAAUUCAUAUUAUACGAAUGAACGUCUUUACAUGCUACCACCAUUAUUCUUAGCUGCACAAAGAAAUAAUCAUUAUGCCACAAAUUUAUUGUUACGCUACGGUGCGAAUCCAAAUAUACGAGAUGAAUUGGCUUGUUCACCUCUUCACUUGGCUGCUCGUUUACAACACGAUGUUUGUAAUAUAUUAAUUUCCCAUCAUGCAUGCAUAAGUACGAGAAAUAAAUAUGGUGAUUCACCAUUAUCUUUAUGGCCAGUCGUCUACAAUCUGCAAGUGGCGUUUGUUGAACGCGAAUUUCGUAAAUUAUGUCGAAAAUAUUCAUCGUCAAAACGUCAUCGUUUUCUAUCAUCAUCCUCCGGUAAUAAAGAUGAAACACAUUUGACACCAGUUAUACUCAGUCGGAAUCUGAGUAAUGAGAAAUGUACAAACGGCGGCGUGAAAAAUUUAAAAAGGAUAUUUCGUCAUAGCGGUAGUGAUUCAUACGAUUCAAAGUCGUUUAAAAAAAGUUUAUCAUCUCAAAGUUCAAUAGGAAAAUCAAAAAGAGCAGGAGGUCAACAUGUGGCGAUAUCAGCAUCAGUCGGACGCAGUGAAUCAAGACAAAUGUCGGAAGAACGAGAAGAGUUUCUAACGACCGAUAUGCCAAAAUCAUCGCAUUCAAAACGAAAGAUUGCAACAUCUCUAGCAGCCAAUAUCAUGAAUUAUCAUAAAUCCUCUCGAAAUUGUCAAUCGGCCGAAGCAAAUGCUUUAAAUGAACGACUAUUGAAACGAUUUAGUGAAUUAAGCCGAUUAGCGAACAAUAUCGAAUGUAUCGAUCAACUAAUGGAUUUAUUGCGAAUGCAAAAUUGUAUGGACGAAAUUUUACAAUUAAUAUCACAAGCAACAUCACCAACUGUACAUGCUCGAAUUGCUGAAUUAUUAUACACAUUACAAAAUACUUCAUAUCAAGAAUUUUUACGUAAUCAUGAUAAACGUGAUUAUGUUGAAAAAUUUCAACAACAUACUAAAAAACUAUUGGAUAUAUCGCUUGAAUUAUUUGCAAGUGAUUUACCUAAUAUGCAAUAUUUAGCAUUAUUAACAAUAAAUAGAUUGUACGAUGUCUAUGUAUAUCAUAAUCUUAUUAAUCCGGGACGUUAUAAUGCUUGUUAUAUUCCACAAUCUCGGCGAACAUUAUUUAUGUCAUCAACUCAAAUGAAUAAUCAUGAUGAUACAAGUAAAUCAGAUACAAAUCGUUUACCUAAAACAUCGACAUUAUCAAAUAUUUUAAGAAAAAUAUCACGUGAUACUGAUGAAAAACGAUCAGCAACAACAGUUGGAAAAGGACAAACACCGUCACCAUCAGGUCCAGGACCGGGUGGUGGUGGUAGUUCUAAAGAACUUACACGUGAUAUGUCAAGUAAUUCAUCAACAUCAAAACGCUGGGUACCACUAUAUAAUAAACAAACAAGUACAAAUACAAAUGAUGAUUAUUUUUCACCUAAAACAUCGAUGACAUCUGAACUUGGUAGUAGUGCUAGUGGUAAUGUGGGAAUAAAUUCAACACCACAACAAACAUCAAAACCAAAUAUAUUUAAUAAUUCAAAUUCAAAUAUAGAAAAUACAACUUAUACAUAUGAACCAUUUUCCGUACUAUAUCAAAUAGAACCGAUUCAUUUACUACGUAUUAUGCGUACACGUUUAGAAGCACAUAGAAAAGAAUUUAAUAAUCGUCCAAAAUGUGUUCCAUCAACACGUUCACCAUUAUGCACACAUCAUUGCGUUGUUAUAUUAGCGGCAAGAAUUUUGACAAUUCUAUGUCAAGAUCAAACAUUUCAAACAAAAUUUAUAUCAUCAAAAGAUAAUUUAAAUAUUAUUAUUGAAAUGUUAAAUAUAAAUAAUGAUCCGCACUUGAUAUGUCUUAUACUACAAACACUUGGUGUUGUUGCAUUAAAUCCCGAUUGUCAUGAUUCAUUACAAACAGCUGAUAUACCCGAUACCGUUCUUCAUCUUAUAUUACCUGCUGAUGAAAUGUUUUAUACAAAUCAAACAACAAAAUUUGCUAGAUAUGUCAAACAUUUAGGUGCUCGUGUACUUGUUUAUAUGGGAUUAUUAACAAAAGUUAGUAAUAAAGUAAAUUUAUUUGAUAUUCUUGAAUUAGAACCAGAACCAUUAGAUUGUGACAAACCUCAAAGUUUUGAAAAUAAUUUUAUUCAUCACAUGGCCAUUGGAGAAAAUUGUGUUGGUACACUGUGGACUUCAUUUGCUGGUAUAUCAAUAGAAAAAUUACUAGAUGAACUAUUAAAGAAUGCCACAAAUCAAAAAAGUAGCCGAUUACAAACGUCAACAUCACAAGACACCAACAUUCCAACAACGAGUACCACCUCUUCAAUUAUUAAUUCAUCUAAUGAAAAUUUACUCUAUAAUUUAUCAUAUCUUUCAGCGGUUAUUCAUCCGGUAAUUAUAUUGAGAUUACUUGAACAUCGUUUAUUUACACCAUUAUUUAAAAAGAAAUCAACUGCUGCAUCAACAAAACCUGAAACACCCACGGAUUCUAAAAUGCAAUUUAAUAUUGUUACAACGCCAAUACAAUUGACGGGUGCAUCGGCAUUAGCAUCUAUACCCACUUUACCUCGUCCAGUUGCAUCAUUUAAAAAACAGCGACCAUCUGUUACGAAAGAUCCACCAUCGGGUGGAAAUGAUCGUGUAUCAUUAUUAAAUAAAUUAACACAGCCAACGUCUGAUAAACGAAAAGUAUUGAAAAUGAACAAUAGUAAAAAUAUUCCACCAGUGAAUUCUUCUUCAUCUACAAUACCGUCCACAACAGCACUAGCAACACUACCAUUAUCACCAGCAGUGGGCACAAUAACAACAGCGAACAAUGACUUGUUAUUAAUUGAAGAACGACGAGAUGUCAUUAAACCAAUUAAAUUUGAUUUUAGUCGUAAAUGGUUUUGGCGUAAUUCUGAUAGAUCAAAUCAACUUCUUACUGCUAAUACAAGUGAUCGAAAUCCAUUAUUACAAUCAAUUGUUGAGAACGAUACAUCAACAUCAUCGUCUCAUCCACUUGGAAAAGACAUGAAAUUAUUAGAAAAAGAAUUAUUAAAUUUACCAACAUUCCAAUUAAGUGACAGUCAAAAUCCUCUAUUACCAAGUCCAAUUUGUUUAAGUUAUGAUUUUGCCACACAUUUUGAAAAUGAUUCGAUAUCACCAGGAAACUUUUCAGAUGUUGUUCUAACUAAGCAACAAAAUAAACGUUUACCAGCUACUAUACCCAAUGGUAUAAUUACGUAUGGAAAUCGAAUUAUUGAUGAAGUUACAUUACCAUCAUCUCAUCAAGAUGUCAAUUAUCUUAAUCCACCAACAACUACACUAAAUGUUCCAUUUGUUGAAGUACGCACACCAUCUGAUGAUAGCAAUCGUUCAAGUUUCAAUGGUGGUUCAUCAAGAAAUUCGAACGGUUCUGUCGAUAUCAAUAAUCAUUCACAACGUUCAUCAUCUAAAAUGUCUGUACGUGAAACAGUUAAAAAUAUAUUUCGUUCAUCAAAAACUGUGGAUAAUAUUCAACAGACAAAUAAUAAUUCUCCUCAUACGCAUGAAAGUGAAAUAUUUAGUAUGCCAUCAAAAUCAUCGUUAAAUAAUGGACAAUCAUCACAUUUAGCUAAAUCAUUAUCACAACCAAUAACAAUAUUCGAUGAUCAAUCAAAAUUAACUGAUUCUCCAUUAAUCAAUCAUAGUGAACAUACGCCGUUAAUUGUUCGAAAGUCAACGUGUAAAUUAGAAACUGUACCAAAAAAUUCUCAAAAAUCAUCGUUUGAAACAAAUUUAAAACGUUUUCGUUUAAAUCGUACAGGUUUACGUUUACCAUUAAAUUCGGAUUCACUUCAUCGUAGUCAUUCUUGUACAGUUGGUAUUAUUAAUACACAAAAACAACAACAACAACAGCAACAACAGAACAAACAGACACUACUGAUAGAUAGUGAUAAUACUAACAAACAACAUGGUACAAAUAUAAUUAUCAAAAGUUUAGCUAGUUUAUUUGAACAAACUCCAAUAACAACAACAACAUGUGAUAAUAUUAACGGUUAUUUAAAUACGGGAGAAAUAUGUUCAUUGCGUUCGUCAGAUAGCACAACUUCAUCAAUAUCUGGUUAUUUAUCACCGAGACCACGUAAAGGAGAAGGAGGAGGUGGAAUAACAUGUUUAAAUGAACUAAUUGGUGGAAUAAAUAAUACUAAUGAUCAUAAGUCAAGUGAAUCGUUAUUUAGUUUUUCAUCUCCAACACACAAAGAAAAUUUAUCAAAAUCUUUUAUAAUAACAUCAACAAAAAAUGAUACAACAAAACAAGGAAAUGAAGUUUUAUAUCUCAUUGCAAGUUGGGUAUUACGAUCACCAGAAGAUUUUCAAGAUUAUCUUGUUCAAAAAGAACUUCGUAGUUUUUUUGCAUUGUUAGAAUCGUUACGUGAUUCAUUUCGUAGUUGGACUGAUCAGAUUAAAGAGUUAGUACCAUUAUAUGUCGAGGAUAUUGAAUCACCAUCUUGUAGUGAAAUUGAUGUAAGCAACGAAAGUAUCUAUCGAGAAUAUGCCAAGAUGCAACGUGAUAUCGUAUCUGGCAGACUCAUUUGUUCAAAAGAAGAAGCAGCAGCAUUGGCAGCAUUACAACUUCGUCUUGAAACAUGGCCUGAUGAAAAUUUAGAAUUAAGUGAUGAUGAUGAAUUACAUACGCAUGUAAAUACACUGAGUUUAUCAUUAAAUUCACCAUCAUCAUUAACAACAACAACAGCAACGCUAGGAGGAGGAGUAUUAGCACCAUGGCGAAAUCGACAUCGUCGUGGAUUAUUAAAAUUACGUUUAACAAACAUUCCAUGUUGUAAACGAACUGAUUCACAAAAUUCACAAAAUCGAUCAAAAUUACCAUUUCUUCCACCAGAAUAUGUUGAUAGUACAGAAAUAAUGAAAUUAAUUAAAGACAAACAACGUAAAUUAUUUCAUAUAAAUGACUAUGAUAAUCCAACGAGAUUAAAAGAAUGUUAUGUACGAUUAUGUCGAAAUUUGGCAGCAUACAAUGCAGAAAUUUAUGAUGUCAAAGAAACACUUGGAAAAAGAUCGAAAAGAAAGGCUAAUCGAAUAUUGACAAUUCGUCCCGAUAAAGUUUGUCUACUAGAUAUUAAAACAAAAAUUCUACAAAAAGAACAGCGUAUUGCUGACUUAGAACAUUGGAUAACAAGUGGUCAUCAUCAAAAUGCUGGUACUAAUGAGUUAGUAUUGGAAUAUCGUAAUAAAACAAAAUGGAAAUUACAAUUGGCUAGUACAACAGAUUUACGAGCAAUUACCGUUUAUCUAUGGAAAAUAGUUAAUAUUGAAGGAUUUGCCUUGUUAGAUAUACCAAUUAAUAUUCCUAUGAGAUAUCAAAAAAAACAAUUACAACAACAACAACAGCAACAACAACAAAGUGGUAGUAGAAAAAUGACAUUAUUACCACCAAAUAUCAAAUCAAAUAAAAAUCCUUAUCAACAAAUUAAAGAUUAUUAUCGUACGUCAUCAUCAAAUAGUUUAUUUUCUACAACAAAAAAGACUUCCACAAGACCAACAACAACGGAACAUUUAAAAAAUCUUACAAAUCUUAUGACAACAACAAAUUCUACAACAAUAUCGGGACUUGUCACAAAUUCUGUUUUUCUAACAUCAGAUAAUACUCAACAAUUAUGUUUUUCAGCUGAUUUAGAAGAAUUAAAAGAUUUAUUUGAUUUUCCAGAAGAAGUUGCACUUCGUUUAACAGAAAUUGAACAUGAAAUAUUUUUAAGUGUACCACCCUUACAAUAUCUUCGACAUUUAACAUUGGAUAUUAGUUUAUUGCCAUCGACCACUCAAGAAUCAUCUACACAAGAAAAAAAUAUUCGAAUAUUAGUACAACGAUUUCAUGCUGUUGGUUCAUUUAUUCAACAAUUAAUUGUUUCACAAACAAGUUUUCAUGAACGAAAAGCGAUUGUUGCUUCUAUUGUUCGAUGUGCAAUAACAUGUUGGUAUUUGGGUAAUUUCAAUGGUGCUAUGGAAAUUUUAGCCGGUUUAAAAAUUGAAGCAUUUCGCCCAUUAUGGUUAACUAUUACUGACGAAGUACCAAGUUUUAAAUUUUUAACUGAAGCAUUUAAUUCAAAUGAGAAAACAUCACAAUAUUGUGAUGCUGUUAGUCGUGCAUUAGAUAUACCAACAUGUAAAGUUGUACCAUUUUUUGGCACAUUUUUAAAAGAUUUACGUUCAAUAUUAUCAAGUGUACCAAGUAUUGUUGUCUUAUGUAAUAAAAAUACUCAAAAACCCAUUGAAAGUGUUGCUGAUUUUCAAAAUCAAGAACAUUUUUUAACACGUAUUGGUGUCGGUGGUCUAAUUAAUACAAGAAAAAUUGAAUUGGUUCAUAUGGUAUUAAAAGAUAUUGCCAUGUUUCAUAAUCGUCAUCGACGACAACCACUAUUUAAAUGUUGUAAUGAUAAUAAUCGAAUGAAAUCUAUGUUUCAAGGUGUGCCUACAGAUUUAAAAGAAAAACAUUCAGCAACAAUAACAACAACAGAAGGACUUGCUGAAAAUCGAAUACAACAACAACAACAACAAUAUCGAUAUAAUCGUCAUCAAUCAUUUCCAUGUACAAAUAAUUAUGGUGAUAUUGAUCAUAAUUGUGUACCAAAUAUUGCCAUUAAAGUAAUAUCUGAUAAUGAUAAUAAUAAUCAAGUGAAUCAAGCAAAUGCGGCAUUACCAUAUCGAACAACACUCGAUUUAUAUGAACCGGAAACACUCUAUUGUUUAAAUGUUUCAUUUUAUCAACCAAUUAUGACUCAAAAACAUAAUCAUGAUGUAUCACUAUUAUCAUUACAUCAUAUUAUUGAUUUUAAUAAUUUACAAAUCUUACGACAUGGUACCACAUUAAUAUUGUAUGAUGAAGAAUCAAUGCAUUCGUGUCUUGUGUCUGUUCGUUUAGAAUUAGAUAAUUGUACAUUAACAUGGACUAAACCCUCAUGGGACAGACAUCAUAGCGUAGAAAAUAUUAAUGCACAAAAUCCAAUAACAAAUGAUAGAACACAUUUUUCAUUAUUAAUGAAACGUUAUAUUUUAAGAGAUAUUGCUUGUGUUGAUAUGGAAGAAUCUUAUCCAUCAUCUGGUUUUUUACAAUUAAAAUAUGUUAAACAUAUUCGUUGUGGUAUACUUAAUUGUGAUCUUGUCUCAGUUAUUAAACGACAUAAAUUAAAUGAUAUAACAAAUCAAGAAAAUUGUUUUACAAUUAUUUAUGGUUCAACAAUCAAUGAAAAUAAAAGUCUAUGUUUUAUUAGUCCUAAACAUUGUUCUCAAAUAUGGUAUUCAAGUAUUGAAAAAUUAUUAUUUCAAUAUCGUUAUCAUCGUUUAUGUUCUGAUCGUCGUAUUCAAUGGUUAAAAGUUCAAUAUUUAUCAUUAUAUUAUGAAAAUGAACGAUUUCAAGGUCCAACACCUAUGGAAGCUGUUUUAGUAUUUGGUGGUCGACAAUGGAAUUCAAGUUCAUUAUUUUCAUUUGAACGUGGUGAUCAUCCUGGUGUAACAAAAAAAAUGAGUACAAUUAAAUCAUUAUCAAAUUUAGGUUUAAGAAAACGAAAUAAUAAAAAUGAACAAUUAAUUAAAACAAGUUUUUCAACUGAAUCUGAUCCAACAACAACAGCUGCAUGGCAAAAUAAUAAUUCAUUAACUACACGUAAUAAAUCUAAAACACUUGAUUAUAAAACAAAACCAUCUAUUUUAGCCGUAGGAUGUAAACAACGUACACAACAAUAUUAUCAUCCUUCAAGUCCAAAACAUCGUCAUAGUAAAAUAACAAAUUCUAUUAAUGCAUUAACAACAAGUGUUGGUGGAAAACGUAUGGGUGGACGAAUGACAUUAACAAAUCAAUUAGGAAAUGAUAGUUAUACAUCACCAUGGAUUAUUAAUGAAACAUAUAUGGAUUUUGCUGAAUUUGUUGAAUUAUUUAAAUCAUUUUAUUUUCAUUGUCGACGAGAUUUAAAAGAUUUAUUUGAUAAAUUUUCAUGUUAUUUAAAUAUUGAUCAAGAUUUUACAAUUAAAGAACAAUAUAAAAAUGAUUUAAUCGAUGUACCAAGACAUUUAUCUGGUUUAAUUACACGAAAUAUUGUUGAUGAUAUAACUGAUCAAAGUAUUCAUCGUAUUUAUGAUAUGAUUGCUAUAUCAUCAAUACCAUGUUAUGCUGUUAGUACUGAUAGUAAAGCAAAUUAUUUAAUAACAAAAGAACAAUUUAAAGAAUUUCUUUUUGAACAUCAAAAAGAAACAAAAACAAAUUAUGAACUUGAACAAAUUAUAUUGCGUCAUGAACCAAAUAGACAAAAUCGUAUCAAUAAAGUGUUCUCAUUCGAAGGAUUUGCCAAAUAUUUAAUGGAUAAAGAAAAUUAUGCAUUUGUUAAUGAACAUACAAAAGUGAACGAACAAGAAAUGGAUAAUCCAUUAUCAUACUAUUUCAUUGCUUCAUCACAUAACACUUAUUUAACUGGACAUCAAUUACGUGGUGAAUCAUCGAUUGAAAUGUAUAGAGAAGUAUUGUUAUCGGGAUGUCGUUGUGUUGAACUCGAUUGUUGGGAUGGAGAAGAUGGAUCACCAGUUAUUUAUCAUGGUCGUACAUUUGUUAGUAAAAUUUCAUUUAAACGUGUCGUCGAAGUUAUUAAUGAAAGUGCCUUUGUUACAUCUCACUAUCCGGUUAUAUUAUCGAUAGAAAAUCGAUGUUCACUUAUUCAACAAGGACGAAUGGCACAAAUAUUUUUGAGUAUAUUUGGCGAUAAAUUGGUGACAAAAUAUAUGUUUGAUACAGAUUUAUUUGAAGAUCCAAUGUUACCAUCACCAAAUCAAUUAAAACAUAAAAUUUUAAUUAAAAAUAAAAAAGUAAAUAAAAUGCAUUCGACAACACAAUUAAGUAAACAAAAAUUACAAUUAGCCGUUGGUCCAUAUCGAAAUUCGAGUGGACCCGAUGAUAUUGAUAUAGAUGAUGAAGAUGAAGAUGAAGAUGAAGAAUAUCAAGAUGAAAUGUUUGAAAUAAUGAGAAGUAAUUCAAUGACAGAUUCUCCAAUGUAUGGUUUGAAAAAGGAUAAUGAUGGAUCAGAAUUAGAUGAACUUCGAUAUAAUCGUCGGUAUAGUAUAUUGACAUCAUCAGAUCCAGCAGCACGACAACGUUUAAAAAGUAAUAGUAGUAUUGAUAAUCAAAAGAAAGCAAUAAUUAAAACAUUAGUUGCUAAAGAAUUAUCGGAUAUUGUUAUUUAUACACAAGCUGUUAAAUUUCGUGGUUUAAAUUAUUCAUCCAAUACAAAUUCUGUUUAUAUUGUUAAAACUGCUGUACGAAAAGGGCCUAGACGUCAAAUACAACAAGGAUUGGUAGCACAACCAAGUACUGAAAGUUCUCGUUCUAUUGAUCAAGUUGCACCAUGUCAUCAAAUUGUCUCAUUAAUUGAAAAUAAAGCAAAAAAAUUAUGUAAAAAUUCAGCAAUGGAGAUGAUUGCUCAUACGGAAAAUCAAUUGAUUCGAUGUUAUCCAAGUGGAUUUCGUGUUGAUUCAUCAAAUUUUAAUCCUUUAAGUUUAUGGACAUGUGGGAUUCAGUUGGCAGCUACAAAUUACCAAACUAUGGAUGCUGGUCAAAUACUCAAUUUAUCCAUGUUCGAACAAAACGGAUUAUGCGGAUAUGUUCUAAAACCAAGUGUUUUUUGGGAUAAAGAACAUGCACAAUAUGGACGUUUUAAUCCGAGUUCAAUGGAACGUGAAGGUGCUUGUUUUGAAUUAACAUUAACUGUCAUAUCUGCUCAAUAUUUAACUCAGAAUUCUGGCUCGAAUACGAGUGUAUAUAUCGAAGUAGAAUUACUUGGUAUACCAAUCGAUUGUAUGUCUCGAAAAACGAAACCAAGCAUUAAAAAUUCGUUAAAUCCAAUAUGGCAGGAAACAUUUAUCUUUCAAGUAUUUUUUACUGAUCUUGUAUUCGUUCGAUUUCAUGUUUACGAUGCAAGUAGUAAUCAUUUAGUUGCACAACGUGUAAUGCCAUUGAAAUGUUUACGUCCCGGUUAUCGUCAUGUUCGACUAAGAGAUAUACAAAAUAUCCCACUUGAAUUAUCAACAAUAUUUAUCUAUUCAAAAAUAAUUGAAACAAUUUUAAUUCGGCCACCGGAACAAGAUCAUACUGUAUCAAAUACACCACAUAUGUUUCGAAAUCGUUUACUACGACGAAUUGAACAAGAAACAACAACAGUGUCGGGUCGUGAAUCAAUAAGACCAAAACAUAAAACAUUUGAAGUGAAAGUCUAUGGUAAAGAUGGUCGUGAUGAAGAAUUUAGAAUAUUUGCUGUAACACAAUAUACAACUGUUGAAGAACUAUUGGAAUUGAUUUCCAAGUGUACAGAAUUUUUUAAAGUUGGUGAUACAAUAAGUGAUUUUACACUAAUUGAAUCAUCAAAAACAUGGAAGAAAAAAUCAAAAGACACUCAUCAACGUGUAUUAGGUGAACAUGAACGUAUAUUAGAAGUGAUUGAUCGAGUUGGUAGAGAAACAAUUAUUUUAUGUAAAAGAAAGUCAACAGUUCAAAAACAAUCAUUUGCAACAUUAAUCGAUCAAAAUAUUCAAAAUUGGGAAAAUUGUGAUAGAACAUUUUUGGUAACAAUUUACAAUAUUUCACCAUUACAAAAACAUACCACUUUUAGAACGCCGGUAUCAUCAACAGCCAUUCAUGUGAUUACACAGUUAAUGACAAAAACUCGUAGUAUGCCCGGUCUACCACAAGAUUAUGGUUUAAUCGAAGAAACAGAUUUAAAUGCAAAUGCAAAAUUAACAACAAACAAUCCUACACGUCGAAUUCCAUUGAAACGAAGAUUAUUAAAUGAUGAUGAAAAAAUUUAUGGUAUACAAAGAUUGUGGAAUUCUGGUCAUUCAAGAUUUGUCCUAUGUAAAAAAACAGAGUAUUCUGCUGAAACAAAUAAUAAUCGACCAUUUACAGAUAAAUUUCUUAUGAGAUCAUUGACGAGACAAAAAUCAAUGGAUUGCGAUUCGCAUGAAGAUCUUCAUUUAGAGCAUCAACAUUCAACUCCAACGCAAUCAACUUUACCUAAUGGAGCUAUUUCAAGUAAAAUUUCGUUGAAAAAACGUUCUAUCAAAAAUAUGUUAUCAGUUAAAUCUUAA